ACGAAGCGAGAAUGAGACAAGGCAUCGCUGAUGAGCUCUUUUCGCCAUUGCGUGGGGCCAAGGAAGCAACGCGCAGACCAGCUCGACAUCGUGCGCUCCCCCUCCCGACGAAAAUCUGAGGCUCUCUUCUUGAACACAACUCCCUUUCUCAACUCGCAGCUCUCUCCAGUCCCUUCAAGUGAUUCGCCUUGCCCACCGUCACCACCGCUCUUCCCCGCCCUUUCCACAAAAGUGCUCAUCAUGCCACCCAAGAAUGCUACCAAACCCAAGCGAGGUCUAUCCGACACUCCUACUCCACCCUAUUCGCCCUCUCCUUCUCAAAGCGACAAGUCGGCUCAACAAGGCUCGACGGGCGAACAAGUGUCGAAGCAAGAGCAAGAGGAUGUAGCAGAAGAAAAGGAAGCUGAGCUCAAGGGGGAUGUAUUGACUCCCGAGCCUAGCAUUUCGGGCUCCGAGUACCAAGAAGAGCAAGAGCAAGAGCAAGAGCAAGAGGUCAAAUCGACUGUCGCGCCCAAGAAACGUGGACGUGCAGCACCUUCGCAGCAGACGCCCAAAAAGAGUCCAGCUAAGCGAGCCAAGAAGGAGGACGAUGCUGCAGAGGGCAAAGCUCGCAACCCCCCAUGGACCGCCGCAGAGGAUCAAGUCUUUCUCGAUGCCAUCCUUGCCUCCUUUACGCCCGACUACAACGCGAUCGAUGCAGCUCUCAAGUCUCUCAGCAAAAAGUACAACAUGACCACGCGCUCCAAAAAGGAGAUGAACAACAGGUGGAACGGAAGGAUCAAGACGUUGUUGAGCGGCGGCAACGUUGCACGCAUGACGUCUUCCAACACGAAGAGUGCUUGA